GCCCUCUUUCCUGUAGAUACUUGCCAUCAUGUCGUGGUUCACUAGCCGUAGACGUUUGUCGGUACAGGCAGAAGUGCCCUGGCCUGGGUGGUUGGACGACGAAGCUGCGAAGGCUCUCACCGAUCCCUCCAGUGACGACUCAUACGCACUGAAUCAUGAUGAACUGAAAUGGGUUCAUGUACAACCUUGGCUUUUGUCCAAAGGUUACGACCUCCGCCCGCGGUUCCGUCCAGGCUGGGUUCCUUCCUGGGGUCAAUCAGGAGCUCCCCGGCGAUCUCGCCACGAAGAUGCGAUCAUCCAUGGCAACGUAUAUGCUCCAGUGGUCAUGGAUGCUGUUCGAAGAGCUGAUGGACGGAGAGUCCUCAUCAAGCGAGUAUCGUUAGCUCAUGGUGGCCGAGACGUCGCAAUCCUCGAAUAUCUGGCUUCCAAGGGACGCGCGAGCGACCCACGAAAUCAUACCAUCCCGCUCCUGGAUGUUAUUCGCACCCCCCCCUUCCGAUAUAUCACGUUACCGGAGUUCGACACAUUGGGCGAGGGCAUAGACUUCAUGGACCAGUCGUUGGAAGGUCUCGUAUUUCUGCAUGAACAUCGUGUUGCUCAUAGAGAUUGCAGUAUAACUAACAUCGUUAUGGAUUCCAAGAAAAUGUACCCUCGAGGAUUACAUGCGGACGCAUCCCUGGACGCGCAGGGCCGAAUGCUAUCGGGCGCUCGCACGCGAACUCAGGCCGGCGGUGUGAAGUACUAUUUCAUCGACUUCGGUGAAUCCAUUCUAUUUGCUGCCGACGAAGACGCACGGAUAAAGGAACCCUCAAAGGCCAGUAUACAUGCUCCAGAAACUCGCGCAAACCAAAUAAUGCCGUACGAUGCCUUCAAACCCGACAUCUAUACGCUUGGGAAAACUUUUCAGGAACAACUCAUUGAGGAGUUCGUGGGCGAUUUCGGCGCGUUCAAGCCACUCAUCGAAAGCAUGAUACAAAUCAAUCCCGACGAACGGCCGACCGCUGCUCAAGCCUUGGAUCAAUUGCGAACAAUCUCUUCCGCAUUUUCUCGCACAGACCGACACAGAAGAGCGCAUUGGAAGCGUUAUCAUGAUCCUUGGACAGCUCCUGUAGCGGAUGCAGUCCAUAUGAUCAGCGAAGUCCUGUGGGUCCUUCGAACGUGGAAGUGGUGAAUUCGUUCUGAGUUUUCCAUCGUCCUUGUAUCACAUCCUCUGCGACGCGGUGUUCAUCCGUAACCAUGCUCGCGCCCGUCUUUCACUUUAAUAUGCAUUACUACGCUCUGGACGUAUCUCUACUGUUAUACGAUACCCUGUCUCGCCGUUUGUUC